AUGGUGGCCCAAAUGCUAGGGCUGGCCUUUUUAUAUCUCACUACCAGUGUGGACAUUACUCAUGCUGUCGAUAUCAAGCACAAUGGGGAGGUGGUGUACCAGAACACCAGCGUGUUCGGGGUGCUGGGCAGAGCGGUGAUCCUGGAGUGCGGCCCUUCCGUGCCGGACAUGUACAUCUGGGGCUUCACCAGGCCUGGAACUGAAGCCAUGAGAGUUGUAGUGUAUAACUUGGGGAAAGGACCAAAAAUCCAGAAACUGGCGAAAACUCUGGGACAGCUGAGCACGAUCUCGAACAGUGCGGCCUUGAACAUUGAUAGGCUGCCGCUGGCUGCUCACGGCUUGUUCACCUGCCAGGCCCUGUACGACCUGGAAGACGCAGAACCUGUGCUCUAUUUCUACUACGUACAACUCGUUGUCCGAGUCCCCGUCAGCAAGCCUCACCUCCUGGUGAGCGACGCCUCCCCGGUGGAGGGCUCCACCAUGUGGAUGCGCUGCAGCCUGGAUAACGGGACCGGGCCCAUACAGUACGUCUGGCAGCACGAAACCCGCCAGGGCAACGUCACCACCUUCGCCCGGGGCGACGGCAACCUCAUCAACAUCACCGACGUCAGCCGAAACCACUCCGGCUGGUACCGCUGCGUGGCCAGCAACACGGUGAACCGCGAGACGUCCAACCGCCUGUGGCUGGACACCAUCUUUGGACCAGAUGUGCCAGAAAUAAACGUGACUCCAUACAGUAUAACCGAACGGGGAUAUUCGGCACUGGAGAGGGAGACCGUCUCCCUUCUGUGUCAAGCCCAGUCCAACCCAGCCAGUCAGUACGUCUGGUACUACAACAACACCCAAGUCAACAGUGGGCCGCACUACACCAUCACCAAGGUUCUCCGCAUGCACACCGGCGACUACGCCUGCUUGGCGCAGAACACCUACCUCAACACUCGCUCCAAAAAAACCAUCAGCCUGACUGUCUACUAUCCCCCCGAUGGCUCCCCCUCCUGCUCUGUGGAGCCGGCUUUGAAUCACUCCUCUCUGAGGCUGCUCUGCUCCUGGCCAGGAGGAUUUCCCGCCCCUUCCCUCCAGUGGACUGGAGCCUUGGUGCACGCGCAGGAAGAUGAUGCUGACAAAGGGCAGCAAAGCAACCCAGUCACCAGCGCUGCUAUGCUGCUGCCCUCUGGAGGCUUGACUUCUAACAACAGCUUGUUUACAUGCGCCGGCUCCCAUCGUGCCCUGAAACAACCUGCAGAGUGCAGCACCCGCACAUACAUCCCCCCUGCUGAGCCUGUGUGUUUUGCUUACGUUACUCACAAAGAGUAUCUGAUGCUGUCUUGCUCCUGGGACGGAGGGGCCCCAAAAGCCCUGGUGUGGUGGGAGGGCCCAGGCGGCCUGAGCAAAGGUGGCGAGGAAAACUCCAACAUUCUUGUUCUCCGCUACGGCACGGCGCGCAAUGGGAAACCAUACACCUGCCACGCCAAGCACCCACUUCUAGUCCGCCCCAAGACCUGCAACCUCACUCUGGAGGCGCCCGUGCUGUUCACACAGCGCAGAGUCGUGUCUGUGUACGAGGGCAGCGAUGUGCAGCUCACCUGCAGCCUGCGAGCCAACUACCUUCCCUCCAAUGAAAUCACCUGGUUCAACAACCAGGGCGUCAACAUCCGGGACACCUCCAAGUACAGGCUGCUGCGGACCUCCGCAUGGGCCAAUCUGACUGUGAGAGACACCGACGAGGCUCAGGACAGUGGUGAAUACAGGUGCACUACCCACAAUGCAGUGGGGGGAACCGACAUCAACGUCACCUUAGUGGUUAAGAGGUACCCCAUGCCACCCAACGCCACCCUGAUCAGGGUGGUGUACAACAGCCAGCAGCGCAACGAGGUGGAGCUGGAGUGGCGGGUGGAGAACGAGGAGCUGGGAGAAUGGACGGGCUUUGUGCUGGAGCACCGAUGGGUGUCGGAGCGGCCGGGGAGGAGGGACAGCAGGAAUGAGUCUGAGGGGCAGGGGGAGGAGAGGAUCAGUCCUCCAGCCUGGAACCACAUCUUCGUCCAGGAUCCGAAUGUCAGGAUUCACAUAGUGGGGAGACUGACACCGACUGUCAAGUACCAGUUCCGCAUCAGACCGGUUAACCACCGCACCAUUGGACACCCGUCUGCAGCGAAGACUCCAGCGGAACCACGCUCCAAUCUGUACCCUGCUGUGAUUGGAGCGGCGAUUGGCGGGAUGCUCUUCGCAGCCAUUCUCACGGUGCUGCUGCUCAUCUUCAUAAUCCGCAAUCGCAACAGCAAUCCCAGGCUCCAUGACAUGCUGUUUGGCUCGCAGUUCAGUCAGUCGAGAGAAAACAUAAAUUUCCCAGAGGACGACGUCCACGGCUCGAACGGAGAACAGAUCGGUGAAUCGUCCAGUCCAGGCAAGACACAUUUCCAGAGCACAAUCGGUCCAAGCAUUUUACCCCGCGCUGCCUCGCCCUUCACCUCACCCCCGAGCGUCACCCCCAGCGCCCCUCCGCUCGAAGACGAUAACGAGCCUGUUAACGUCACCAUCACUGUCCAAACUACCGGCUCUUAA